UCUCGCCGUGAUGGCUGCGCCGCCCGACACGGAGAGUUUGGAGUCUCUUAUCAACAAAGCCACAAACCCACUGAACAGAGACACAGACUGGGGCAGCAUCCACGCCUUCUGUGACCAGCUCAACAAUGACUUGGAGGGGCCUCAGCUUGCCACCAGGCUCCUGGCCCACAAGAUCCAGUCUCCACAGGAGUGGGAGGCCAUGCAGGCCCUGCUGGUUCUGGAGACGUGUAUGAAAAGCUGCGGGAAAAGGUUUCACAGCGAAGUUGGCAAGUUCCGUUUUCUCAAUGAACUCAUCAAAGUAGUUUCUCCGAAGUACCUGGGCUCACGGUCACCGGAGCCGGUAAAACAGAAGGUUCUGGAGUUGAUCUUUAGCUGGACGUUGGGGUUACCUGAUGAGGCCAAGAUCUCAGACGCCUAUCAGAUGCUGAAGAAACAAGGUAUUAUUAAACAAGACCCAGAGCUGCCACCUGACAAACUGCUGAACCUUCCUCCACCCAGACCCAAGAAUGCCAUCUUUGAGGAUGAGGAGAAGUCAAAGACGCUGUCUCGCCUGUUGAAUAGCUCGCACCCCGAGGACCUCAAAGCUGCCAACAAACUCAUCAAGGAAAUGGUCCAAGAGGACCAGAAGCGAGCAGAGAAGGUGUCGAAGAGGGUGAACGCCAUCCAGGAGGUGAACGAGAGCGUCGCUCUGCUGACUCAGCUUCUGCAGGACUAUGACGGCACCGCCGACAAUCAGAGCAACGCUGAACUCCUACAGGACCUGUACCAGCGCUGUGAGAAAAUGAGACCUACACUGUUCAGACUGGCAAGUGAUACGGAGGACAACGACGAGGCUCUGGCUGAGAUCCUGCAGGCGAACGACAGCCUGACUCAGGUCAUCAACCAGUACAAACAGCAGGUGAAGGGGGAGAUAGUGAACGGCAACAACACAUUAAACACACAGAGGACAACAGGAGGAGGGACGGCACUGCUAGAUCUGUCAGGAUUGGACACGUCGCCUCCGUCCUUCCCAGAGUUCCCCACUCCGACAGACAACCUCAACGCCCCUUCGCAAGAGAUGGGGAUGAGUCUGCUGGACGACGAGCUCAUGUCACUCGGUAACGGUUUAAGUGAAGGAACACACACCUCCAACCCUCCCUCGCAGCCCGAGGACUCCACCGCCUGGGACUCCUUCCAGUCCUCUGACAGCAUAGACGCAGACAUCCCAGCAGCACCCAGUCUCCUCCUGAGUCCAGACCCCCCCUCCUACUCUCAGCCCCUCUCGUCUGGCUCCACACCCGGGAACUCCGCUCUGGACCAGCUGGACCAGCUGGGCAAGACGCUGAUGCAGCAGUCCCUGCCUCCAGAGGGCCUGCAGGUCAAAUGGGACAAGCAGCAGUGCAAACCAACUCUGAGGGAUCUCCAGAGCAAGUCUGGGUGCAACAUCACCCCAAACCCCAUACCAACCUUCGCCGCUGAACCGCCCGCACCUCUCGCCAACUCUCAGCCCCGCCUUGCAGCCACGUUGCUGGAUAUGUCCCCGACUCACAGCGAGACGCCGCCUGCAGACAUCCCCCUGACUGAUGUUUUUGUACCGCUAGAAUCCAUUAAGCCCAGUAGUCUGUUACCUGUGACUGUGUUUGACGGACACAGUCUGCGGGUUCUCUUUCACUUUGCUCAGGACUCACCUCCCUCUCGGCCUGACGUGCUGGUGGUGAUCAUCUCCAUGUUGUCAUCCGCUCCCGUCCCCGUCGGCAACAUCGACUUCCAGACCACGGCUCCGAAGUCUAUGGCAGUGAAGCUUCAGCCCCCAUCAGGAACGGAGCUCCCAGCUUUCAACCCCAUCCUUCCCCCUGCUGCCGUCACACAGAUCCUGCUGCUGGCAAACCCAAACAAGGAGAAAGUGCAGCUGCAGUACAGAUUAACCUUCACCAUGGGAGAGCAGGAGCACAGCGAGAGCGGCAGUCUAGAACAGUUUCCUCCUCCAGAGACGUGGGGGAACCUAUAGCACUGAACCACAACCCGACAGACUCUCUGGUUUCAGACUCCGCCUCCUCCUGAAACCACCUCUCCAACUCAAACACUCUGCAUUCGCCCGUUUUCCUUUUGUGAACACGUACUUUUCUUUGAUCGGUAUCGAUUUCAUUUCCUUGGAUUACGCUCAUGCUCCGUUAGUGUGUGUGUGCGUGUGCGCGUGUGUGUCGUCAUAUUGUUUUUAAACAGACACUUGGGUGUGCUUGAUGUUUUUCACUUCACAAAGUCGGUCUGAAUCACUCAUCGGUUGCCUCUGCAUGCUUUUCCAACACGGCAGACGAUGCCUGCUAAAUCCAGCACACCGAGAGAGAGAGGACGUUAGCGCAUCACAUAGAUGCAGCGCAUCCUAGUUUUCAGAACAAACCUAUACUUAAUCAAUCGUGAUGUGUAUUUUGUAAUUCCUUUCCCAGCGACUGAGUUGACUUUUUGAUUUGCACGGGGGAUUUUUUGAUUGUACUGCUAUGUCUGUUCUUUGCACAAGAUGAGAAACAAUCUACUGUAACAGUCUGUAUCAUCUGCCAUAUGUGCCUUUUUGUUUUGGCGGUUCUAACAUUAUUUAACUUUUCGUGUUUGGAUGGAUUUGUUUUUCCUCAUCUGUUACACACCAGUCACAUUGGGUCUGUCUGAGAUGAUGUUCAGCUACAUGAUAUCCUUAAAUUCUUAAUAUAUAUAUUCAGAGCAUUGUCAGUAGGCUAAGUUGCAUCUUUGACUUUUCUUUAUUUAGCUUGUGAUUUAAGUUUAAAAAUCGGCAUUUAUUGGGUAAAACGAGCGUCGCGCAAAGCCAGAGGAAGCCCGGUGCUCAGAGCGCCGCGGCAGUCUCGAACAAGUUCAACUGGUUUCUACAGCGUGCGAUACAUGUCGGCCACGCUCAACACUCCCCCCACAGGCUCCCAAUCACAUUCCGCUGCACUAAUCUCCAAUACGACUGCUUUGUAAAUACCAAUGAUGGCAGUCCUGUUAUGUACAUUUGACUUGUGCAAGAGCAUAAUUCUGGUGAAAUAUUCCAAAUGGGUAAUAAAGGAUUUUUCUUGGUGA